CAGCGCUGCGCCAUAAGGACGCAGAGCGGCGCAUUCAAGUGACGUCAUUUUGUACACAUUGCAGCCAAGAUGGCUGACAGCAUUCCACUGAAUCCAGUACGGAGCAACCCCAAGAAACCCCCGUAUUACAAUACUGGCAGAGCUCACAGGUACCAGAUUGAAGACGAGGCUUUGAAUCUUGACGAGAUGCCACUAAUGAUGUCUGAGGAGGCUUUUGAGAACGAUGAGAGCGAUUACCAAACACUUCCCAGAGCCAGGAUCAGACAGAGGCGCCGUGGUCUGGGCUGGUUCCUCUGUGGAGGCUGGAAGGUGUUGUGUGGAAGCUGCUGUGAUCACAUGGCUCACAUGUGCCGGAGGAAGAAGGAGCUGAAGGCUCGAACCGUCUGGCUUGGUCACCCGGAAAAAUGUGAGGAGAAGUAUCCUAAAAACGCCAUCAAAAAUCAGAAAUACAACAUCAUCACCUUCGUACCAGGGGUUUUAUACCAGCAGUUCAAGUUUUUCCUCAACUUGUAUUUCUUGGUGGUGGCCUGCUCACAGUUUGUACCGUCCCUCAAAAUUGGCUACCUCUACACCUACUGGGCGCCCCUGGCGUUUGUGUUAGCCGUCACCAUGGUGAGAGAGGCCGUGGACGAGGUGCGCCGCUACAGGAGGGACAAAGAGAUGAAUUCUCAGAUAUACAGCAAGCUCACAGUUCGAGGCAAGAUCCAGGUGAAGAGCUCAGACAUACAAGUUGGAGAUCUCAUCAUCAUUGAAAAGAAUCAGAGAGUUCCAGCUGAUAUGAUCUUCCUAAGAACUUCAGAAAAGUCUGGAGCGUGCUUUAUCCGAACCGACCAGCUCGACGGAGAAACGGACUGGAAACUGAAGGUCGCUGUUGCCUGCUCUCAGAGGCUCCCUGCACUGGGGGAUUUGUUCUCCAUCAGUGCAUAUGUCUACGCUCAGAAGCCUCAGUUGGACAUACACAGUUUCGAAGGAAAUUUUACUAGGGAAGACUGUGACCCUCCCGUCCAUGAGAGCCUGGGCAUUGAGAACACCCUUUGGGCCAGUACUGUGGUUGCAUCUGGUACCGUAAUAGGAGUUGUUAUUUACACUGGGAAGGAGAUGAGGAGCGUAUUGAACACAUCCCAGUCAAAAAACAAGGUGGGCCUGUUGGACCUGGAGUUAAAUCGUCUGACUAAGGCCUUGUUCUUGGCCCAGCUGGUUCUUUCUAUCGUCAUGGUGGCUCUGCAAGGUUUUAUCGGGCCCUGGUUCCGUAACCUGUUCCGCUUCGUAGUUCUCUUCUCCUACAUCAUCCCCAUCAGUCUGAGGGUAAAUCUGGACAUGGGAAAGACGGCGUACGGAUGGCUGAUAAUGAAGGAUGAGAAUAUCCCUGGCACUGUGGUGAGAACCAGCACUAUCCCUGAAGAGCUCGGUCGCCUCGUCUACCUGCUCACUGACAAGACAGGCACUCUCACUCAGAAUGAGAUGGUGUUUAAGCGACUGCAUCUCGGGACCGUGUCAUAUGGGAUGGACACCAUGGACGAGAUCCAGAGCCAUAUUAUACAGUCCUAUGCUCAGGUGAGCUCAGCUGUGUCUAAUGGCAACAGUGCCAGCUCGACAACAUCCCGUAAGACAGCGCCAUCCGGGCCCAAGGUGCGAAAGAGUGUGAGCAGCCGCAUUAAUGAGGCUGUGACCAUUGCCCUGUGCCACAAUGUUACACCCGUCUAUGAGUCCCAUUCUAACGGUGCCAAUGCUGAGCCAGAGGGGACAGAGGCUGACCAGGACUUCAGCGAUGCCAACCGAACAUAUCAAGCCUCCAGCCCAGAUGAGGUGGCCCUGGUGCGCUGGACGGAGAGUGUUGGUCUGACCCUGGUGAACAGAGACCUCAGUUUACUACAGUUGAGGACUCCAGCAGGCCAGAUUCUGACAUUCUGUAUCCUGCAGGUCUUCCCCUUCACAUCAGAGAGCAAGCGCAUGGGCAUCAUCAUCAGGGAGGAGGCCACUGGGGAGAUCACAUUUUACAUGAAAGGGGCAGAUGUUGCCAUGGCUACAACUGUGCAGUACAACGACUGGCUUGAGGAAGAGUGUGGAAACAUGGCCAGAGAGGGACUCCGUACAUUGGUGGUUGCUAAGAAGUCUCUGUCUGAGGAGCAGUAUCAGGACUUUGAGAGUCGUUAUAACCAGGCGAAGCUGAGCCUGCAUGACCGUGCUCUGAAGGUUGCAGCAGUGGUUGAAAGUUUGGAGAGAGAGAUGGAGCUGUUGUGUGUGACCGGAGUAGAGGAUCAGCUGCAGGCCGACGUCAGACCUACACUGGAGCUUCUUCGCAACGCCGGCAUUAAGAUCUGGAUGUUGACAGGAGACAAGCUCGAGACUGCGACAUGCAUCGCCAAAAGCUCUCGUCUGGUGUCCAGAAAUCAAGAUAUACAUGUCUUCAGACCGGUGUCUAAUCGAGGCGAGGCCCACCUGGAGUUAAACGCUUUCAGGAGGAAACACGACUGCGCUCUGGUGAUCUCAGGAGACUCUCUGGAGGUGUGCCUGCGCUACUAUGAGCAUGAGUUUGUGGAGUUGGCGUGUCAGUGUCCGGCUGUAGUAUGCUGUCGCUGUUCUCCUACACAGAAGGCCCAGAUUGUCCGAUUACUCCAACAGCACACAGCCAACAGAACCUGUGCUAUUGGUGAUGGAGGAAACGAUGUCAGUAUGAUCCAGGCUGCAGACUGUGGUAUAGGCAUUGAAGGAAAGGAGGGCAAGCAGGCGUCUCUGGCUGCAGAUUUCUCCAUAACGCAGUUUAAACACAUCGGGAGGCUGCUAGUGGUGCACGGCCGCAACAGCUACAAGCGCUCUGCCGCUCUGGGCCAGUUCGUCAUGCACCGCGGCAUGAUCAUCUCAACCAUGCAGGCUGUCUUUUCCUCUAUUUUCUACUUUGCAUCUGUUCCACUGUACCAGGGCUUCCUCAUGGUUGGCUAUGCUACAAUCUACACUAUGUUCCCAGUGUUCUCUCUGGUGCUGGAUCAGGAUGUAAAGCCAGAGAUGGCCUUGCUUUACCCAGAGCUUUAUAAAGACCUUACUAAGGGACGCUCCUUAUCAUUUAAAACCUUUCUUAUCUGGGUCCUGAUAAGUGUGUAUCAAGGGGGCAUCCUGAUGUAUGGCGCCCUAGUGCUUUUCGAUCAGGAGUUUGUGCACGUGGUGACCAUUUCAUUUACGGCUCUGAUUCUUACCGAGCUGCUAAUGGUGGCUCUGACUGUACGGACCUGGCACUGGCUCAUGGUGGUGGCCGAGUUCUUCAGCCUUGGCUGCUACCUCGCCUCACUUGCCUUUCUGAACGAGUAUUUUGGCAUAGGUAGAGUGUCCUUAGGAGCCUUCCUGGAUUUGACGUUCAUCAUGACAGAGACGUUCCUCUGGAAGGUGUGUGUGAUCACGCUGGUCAGCUGCCUGCCUCUGUACAUCAUUAAAUACCUGAAGCGCAAGUUUUCUCCACCCAGUUACUCCAAACUGUCCUCCUGAGCUGAGCGAAUCUCACACAGUCAUGACGUCCAAGCACACACACACUUCUCUAGCAGCUUCGAUAGACACUGCAGCAGGUAUAGUCAAUGUCCAGGUUUGGAGAUCUGAUAGAGCUGCAUGACGCUGGCUCGUCUGCUUUACGUGUCUGAUUAACGCCGUAUGCCUCACGCUGUGGAGUGUUACUCUACCCAGCUUUGCGUUUGUUUCUGAUUUACCCAGGUGUGUGUGUGUGUGUGUGUGUGUGUGUGUGUGUGUGUGUGUGUGUACUUGGAACAACAUGAGACGUACAGUGAAUACUUGAAAAAACUAAUAUGAAGCACAAAAAAAAACAAGAAUGAACUCCAGUGCUGAACCUGGUGAGAUUAUUUGUAGAAGAAAAGAUGAACCUUCAUUAGAAGCUUCCUAUAUUUGAGUGCACUUCAAUCUAACCUGUGAUUGUUUACUUUGUGGGGCUGAGAUUUUUUAUACAGUGUUUUAUUGAUGUGUAAUGGUGUGCAUUAUUACAGCAUGCUGGAUUGUCUGUUUGAACUCAGAGGUUGGUUAUGAGCAGAGAAACAGCAAUGCUCUUCCUUUACUGUAAACAUUUCUUCAGCUUUGGUUGUUUUGUUUUUUCAGAUUUUCAAUGCCUGCUGAAUUCACGUUUUCCUAUUUAUUAUAGAUUGUUGUUUUUUACUUUCUAUUCUCUCUACCUGUGUGCUGCACAUAUGAUUAUAGGCGUCUCUGAUGACUGCACCGAUUUCCACUGAGCAAUGAUUUGUACAAAAUGCAGACAACAAACCAUAAGAUGUGCCAAACUGCAGUUUUUUUCUCCACAAUGGGACUUUAAUUAUCCGUAAACAGGAGCUUUAGGAUGUUCUAGGGAAAAUACACGACUUUCAGAGUUCAGCUUAAACUUAUGUGAUACUUCAUUUGAAUCCUUGGACUCAGCGUUGCUCAGAUUUGUCCUUAUAAACUCACAGCUCUUCAGACAAACAGUUGCUGAUAACGUUAUUGAUGACCUCAAUGUGUUAUAUUUGUUCUUGCAUCAGAUCUACAUGUGGAGGUCUGGGAAAGUCUUUCACACGCUCCCAUUUUACAGGUUCAGACAGAAAAUCACCCUGAUUGAAAAACCUGAAAACCGGGAAAUGAGUUCUGAGUUUGGAAACACUGAGUAUUUUAAAACGCAUGUUUUGUUUCUAUGCAACGAAUUCUGUAAAAGGCAAAAACACAGUUGAGUUGGUCAGUGAAUGAGUAGAAGACGGUUCUUUGGGCAGAUGAGUCCAACUUUUUGUCUCAAACAGAAGAAGGAGAACAGGAGAGAAGAUGUGAUCAGACUCCCUCAUCCCCACACACUCACACAUGGAGGUGGAAGUUUAAUGGUUUGGGGUUGUUUUGGAGCAGUGAAGAUUUAAGACUUAUUCUGGAAAGUGAAAUGAAUCCUGAACCAACAUGUCUCCUAUUCCAUACUUCAACACCAUGCAGUUCCAUCUGGACUAAGACUCAUUGAAACCGACAUCACCGUACAACAAGCCGAAGCGUACGCCUGAGUUCUGUACGUGUUAUUUAGAGAACAAACUGAGAACUGGAUCACAAGAAUGAAAUCUCCAACCAGUGAAGAACAUCUUUAACGUGUUUUACAAGAGACUCUAAAGUAUUUCAGCUGAAUUUCUGGAGAAAGGAAGUGUCCGGAUGCUGAGAAUGUAAAGUUGUUCUUCAUGAUAAAGGAGGAUUUUUUAAUGAAAAUAAACUGGAACAUCUGGACAUUUACAGAUUUGUUUGAUCAAAGUAAAUCUUCAGACCGUCACAUUACCGAGUUUGUUGCAUAGAAAUAAAAGUAACAUGCGUGUGUUUCUGUAAAAUGUUAAUGUUUCCACACUUUUGACAGGAUCUUUAGGUAAAAACAAACUCGUUAAAUCUCUCUCCUCCAUUUUGAUGAUUUGACAGGAUCUCUGAAACGCAACGCAAUGCUAUGAUUUGGACAGCAGGGAAACUGAUCAGAUGUCUAUUGCUGUAAAUCUACUUGAUCUGAUUGUGAGGAAAAGCACAAGCAGUGUUUGAGCAGACUGUUUUAACAGCCUUGUUUGUAAAAAAAACUCAUUACAUUACAUAUUAGGUGAGAAUGUAAAGAAAAUCCUUUUUUAAAGGCAGUAUAUAUUUGAGUUUUCUUGUAAAAGCUGUGUCAAAGUUUAGAAAACAUUUCCAUUUCAGUCAAAACUUUUUUGGCCGUUUUUCCAAAAUUCAGCCACGGAAACAUCCGACUUUUGUUUUCCGCCCACGUCACUCAUUUUGUUUACGUCCAUCACAAUCACAACAAACACGAGGGUAAAUUUGUACUGUGCUGGAUUUGAUGUUUCUCUACUAAAACUGCUACUGUGUAAUGAAUAUGUGGCCCAGUUUUCACUCAGUGUAUAUAAGGAAUGAGUUUUAUCAUUCUUUGUGUUAUAAAUGGCAAACUGUUGUAACUGUGUUGUAGAUGAAAAGAAAUUGCUGUAGAGUCUGUUUGAGAGAUGAUCUGGUGUGGAUUUGAGUCAUGCCGUGUUCUGAUGAAUCUUUGAAUCACCGUCUUCAUGUGAGGACUGAAGUAUUGCUGCUUUUUUUUCCUUCAAUGUGUAUAGAAGUAUUUGACCUUUCUGCAGACACUUUUUAUACAAAGUACACAGUGUUUAAGGGGUAAAUUAACCAGCAGAAGUGUGUGUGCUAGUAAUAAUCCACAUUUUUGCUUUUGAUACGCUUGAGCUGCUUUCAGUGUCAAACCACUUUGUUUUGUUAAAGACAUAAUUCAGAAUGUAUUUGUUGGUGUAACUGAUAUGAUUUAAAAUUGAAUAAUCUGCAUUAAAGAGCAACGUUGGUAAUUUAA